GUUCCUGAUAAAACUGACCCGGUCCAAGUUUCUGUGUCGUCAUCUCAACAAACUUAACUUCACCAUUUGUUCUUCUUCCUCUGUUUUCACCAUUUGAUUAAUAUCCGUCUAAAUCCUCUUCUUCUCCGAUCCGUACAUUCUCCAGACAUGCAUAACGGCGACGUUGGCUCUUCCUAUUACAAACCUCACUUGCAGAACCCAAACCCUAGCUCUACUCCCCCCGAUCAUCCCACCGCCUUUCCCCUCCACUACGCCUCCGCUCCUCCUGAACCGUCCGGUUACUCUUCCUCCGACUACUCCACCACGUUCCCACCUUAUUCUCACAACUCCGCUGAUCAUUACCCAAAUCAACAACAACCUUACACUGACCCGAAUUAUUAUUAUUCCACGUAUGAUCAAAAUCAAACCACUCUGAGUUACGAUUAUAGGAUGCAGAAUCCUUCUAAUUAUCCUUCGUCUCCUCAUCAUACAAUCGAGAAUAAUGGAUCAUAUGGUGACCAAGCUUCUUAUGAUUCGGGUAUUUAUAAAUAUAAUGGUAGGAAAGAGGACUUGUAUAAAGACAGUCGAUCCGAGUCGAAUAUGGGGGUGAUGUUUGAUGAUUAUGGUAGGCCUAUCAAUAUUCAAAAUCAAGGAUAUGAGAGUAAUCGUAAAAUUGUGAAAGCAACCCCAAAGAUGGAGGAACAACAGGAUGUUACAGCUGGUGUGUUGAAGUUCCGCGUCAAACUUUUAUCAGAAGGGAUUGGUCAGAGCGACAUGGAUGUGCUUUGUCAGAUUGGUCUAGAUGGGAUCCGCUUACUUGAUCCUGCUACGAGCCGAAUUCUGAGAAUAUAUUUGCUGGAGAAUGUGACAAGAUGUGAGGUGUUGGAUUCAUAUAUAUUUGCAUUUUGGGCCAAAAACUCGGUUGACAUGGAACCUAGACGUAUCAGGCUGAAAUCAAAUAGCUAUACCGUGAACAAUAUGCUGGACACUGUGACAGCCGCAAGUAUUCAGAUCAAGGAGAUGGGUGAGAGUAAUAAACCUUCGGAUUCAUUCAAGGGAUCUGAGCAAGCUGCUGAGAAGAAGAAAGGUUUUGUUGAUUUGAUGAAGUUGAUGAGGCCACACAAUGAAGAGAAAGAUUUCUGGGUUCCUGAUGAAGCAGUUCGAAAGUGCACUGCUUGUGCAGCAGAUUUUAGUGCUUUCAAUAGGAAGCACCACUGCAGGAAUUGUGGGGAUAUUUUCUGUGACAACUGCACGCAGGGUAGAGUUGCCCUCACUGCGGAUGAAGAUGCACAGCCAGUUCGAGUUUGUGACCGAUGCAUGGCAGAGGUAACUCAGAGACUCAGCAAUGCUACGGAAUCAAUGACAAAAAUUGCUGCAUUGCAAAGUCAUGAGGACCUUACAAGAAAACUCAAGGAGGUGAUGGACAAAAACCGCAAGACCUCGACAGGUCCUAGUUCUCAAGGAUCUAAGGGGAUGCGAGAGGUAGAGUGCCCAACUUGCACGGUCCAUUUGCAGGUUGAAGUGCCAGCUUCUGGAUCAGAAACGAUAGAGUGCAGCGUUUGCCAGCAUCCGUUCCUUGUUAGUGCCCAUUGAUCUGAAGAGUUUGCUUUUGUAAUAGCCCGGUGUUAAAACCCAGUGUGAUCCGUCCUUUUAACUUAUAGUUUUCAAAAAGUAUCGUGGUCUUUACUGAGUGAUAAUUGUAUUACUCUAUUUCAUAAUGUAGAUUUAUGUACAAAGGGGGUACAGUAGUUGUACCAUCUGUAUAGUGCGGUUUGGGAAGUAAACUUACAAGUAGUGGUGGCAAAUUUGGCCGGGUCAACAUAAAAUGGGUAAUAAAUAUUUUAUAUGGGUAAAAAUACUAGUUUACCCAGAAUUAUCAAUAUUUUCAUGAGUAAAUAGUACUCUACUUUACAAUUGAAUAUGGAGAAAAUA